AUGUCUCAAUCCGAAGCUAUGACACAGGUUGAGUCCUCCAAACCUUACACAAUCUUCACACUUUCACAAAAAGCCCUCAUUGUCACCAUUAUUUCAUUUGCAGCUACACUUUCAGGCUUUGCGUCGAAUAUCUACUUUCCCGCCCUCCCUCAAAUCGCUGAUGACCUGUCAGUCAGUACCAGCCUCAUCAACCUCACCGUGACAUGCUACUUGAUAUUUCAAGGCUUGUCGCCUACCCUCUGGGGCUCGUUGUCCGAUACCAAAGGCCGCCGCAUUACCUAUAUCUGCACUCUCGUCGUGUUUCUUGGAGCGUGUAUCGGGUUGGCAGAGACACGAAGCUACGCGCAACUGUUGGUUCUUCGUUGUGUCCAAAGUACCGGAAGUGCUAGCACCAUUGCAUUGGGUGCUGGAGUCCUUGGCGACAUUACAACGAGGGAAGAAAGAGCUGGUUAUAUGGGUAUUUUCCAAGGAGGACUUUUGAUGCCGGUCGCCAUCGGCCCUGUUAUUGGUGGUGUCUUAUCGGACAAGAUGGGCUGGAGAUCAGUGUUUUGGUUUCUGACCAUCUAUGGUGGUGUCUGUGUCCUUGUCAUUGUCCUGGUCCUGCCUGAGACAUUGAGGUCCAUGGUGGGAAACGGAGCGGAAGAGCCAAAGCGAUAUGCCAUGUCCCCUCUUGCACUGUAUCAGAGAAAGAAGCACUUCAGGCAAGACACCAACCCCUCCGCAGAGGGCGAGAAACCCGCGCCGAAACGAACCGAUUUUCUGGGUCCAGCAAAGAUUUUAUUCCACUGGAAUACCUUUUGUGCUAUCUUUUAUGUUGCGGUCCACUACGCAGUGUGGCAGAUGGUUCUCACCGCCGUUUCCGUGCUCGUCCAACAGAAAUAUCAUACUUCAGAAAUCCAAGUUGGUCUCAUCUUCCUGGCCAACGGAGCCGGAUCCAUCAUCGGCACCGUUCUGGUCGGCAGAUUCCUAGACUAUGAUUACAGGCGGAUUCUACGCAAGUAUGGCGGCGAUGAACAGCGCGUGCCUAUUGAAAAGGCUCGGCUAAGGACUGUCUGGCUCUGGAGUGCACUUGAAUGUGUGUCAGUGCUGAUUUUUGGGUGGACCGUCGACCAAGGUGUUCAUAUCUCUGUGCCUAUUAUCUGUUUUUUUGUCUUGGGCUGGGCAGCCAUCUCUCUCCAAAGCGUGAUCUCGACCUACCUCGUCGACAUCCACCAUACCCAGAGUGCCUCAGCCACAGCUUCCUUGAAUCUCGUUCGCUGUCUCUUAGGAGCUGGCGGAACUGCUGUGGUUGGGCCUCUGAUCAACAGCAUUCAUGUCGGCUGGACCUUUACCUUGUUAACGGGUAUCAUGCUCGUACUGAGUGGUCUUGGUCUAGUCCAAAUCAUGUUUGGGAAAGCCUGGAGGCGGAAACGCGAGCACAACUCGCCGUCUGAAAUGGAAGGCCAGGGGAAUGUCUGA